GUUGUCGAGCGACCCUGUACCAGAUCUACACACCGUAAAGAAAGAAUGGCUGCCCAACAACCCACGGCUAAACUGUUUACUGGCGCAACGCUACCUCUGGUAGGCUUGGGUACUUGGAAGAGCAAGCCAGGAGAGGUGGCCAAUGCUGUCAAGGUUGCUCUAGUCGCGGGCUAUCGCCAUCUUGACUGUGCUGCGGUGUAUGGUAACGAGGCUGAGGUGGGCCAGGGACUCAAGGAAGGACUGGCUGCCAACUCCAUCAACAGAGAAGAUGUAUUUAUCACCUCUAAGCUAUGGAACACCAAACACAGUGCUUGUGAUGUCCGCCCUGCAGUGGAGGCCACUCUAAAGAACCUAGGAGUGGACUAUCUAGACCUGUACCUCAUCCACUGGCCCAUGGGUUUCCAACCUGGAGAGGUGAAUAUGCCACGCAAGCCUGAUGGCUCUAUGGCUUACAGUGACACUAGCUACCUUGAGACAUGGCCUGCCAUGGAACAACUAGUGGAUGAUGGACUAGUCAAGCACAUUGGCCUCUCUAACUUCAACAGCAAACAGAUUGAUGAGGUUAUGGGCAAGGCUAGGAUCCAACCUGCUGCUCUCCAAUGUGAGAGUCAUCCCUACCUUAGUCAGAGAGAGCUUAUUGCUCAUGCUGACAAGUAUGGCAUUGUGUUUGAAGCGUACAGUCCCCUUGGUUCCCCCGACCGUCCCUGGGCUAAACCAGGAGAGCCAAGUCUAUUAGAGGAUCCACGUAUUGUAGAGAUUGGACAACGCUAUAACAAGACUGCAGCACAAGUAUUGAUUCGCUAUCAAGUUGAGAGGGGAGUUGCUGUUCUGCCCAAGAGUGUGACUCCUACUAGGAUCCAAGCCAACAUUAAUGUGCUUGACUUCAGUCUUAGCUCUGAGGACAUGGCAGUGCUUGCAACCUUCAACAGAGACUGGAGAGCUUGUCUGCCAACAAUCUCGGUGAAUGGUGUUGAAGUACCUCGAGAUAGGAACCACCCACUGUUCCCGUUUAACAUUCCUUACUAACUCUGACUCUUUAGAAACUAUAGCCACAGAAUAGCCACAGGUGUUAGUUUAUUUUUUAGUUUUUAUAAUUAUUAGACAGUUGAGUUGACCAAAAAACAAUUUUUACAAUGAUAA